AUGGGAAAGGAGCAUAAACAGCAGCUUACAAGCAGACAACAAAAUACCCUUAUUCCAGAUGAUGUCAUAGAGGACAUACUACUGAAUCUUCCUGUCAAGUCUCUACUUAGAUUCAAGAGCGUAUGCAAAUCAUGGUGUUCUCUUUUCUCCAAACCUGGUUUUGCCCGUGCGAAUUUCAACAAGCGCCGCUGCAACAAUCAUGACUCUCCCAUUCUCAGACAUUGUUACACGCAACCAGAAGUAGCAGAAACAAUCGAUCUGGAUCAUAAAGCUGAGCCAAAGAAACUCGAUUGGCCUUUCAGGCUAUCCGAGUUCGCAUUCUCUUACAGAUUCUACUCAUGUACAGACGGUAUUUUCAGCAUGUGUUGGUUUGACGGUAAUACGAUCUCCAUGUUCUUGUGGAAUCCACGCAUCAACAAAUAUAAGACGUUACCAACCCCAGAGAAUUUUGAAAAACAGGUAGAGUAUAUCGGUUUUGGUUAUGAUUCAAGCAUCGAUGAUUAUAAGGUUGUAAGAGUUGCAUGGCCAAAUCCAAUUUCACCGGCCCCAGAAUUCAGAAUGCAAGUGUUGAAUGUCAAAUCGAAUGUAUGGAGAACUGUUCACAGGGGUGCUCCUUAUGCCGUUGACAUUAUUACUAUUGAUAGUUUUUCUCUUGACUUUGCUCCUAUAAAGCUGGUGCACGUAGAUGGGGCUUUGUAUUUCGUUGCUAAGAAAACUACAACCGAUUCGACACAGAUAUCUGUAAUUCUUCGCUUUGAUUUAGCAGAGGAGAGUUUACGGGAAGUGUCAAUGCCCCCAAGUGUAACAGGGGAUGUUUGCGAUUUGCCAUUGUUUUUGGAGGUCUUAGGAGGUUCCCUCCAUUUGUGCGCUGGAAUGAACUUGUGGGUGAUGAAGGAAGAAAGCUGUUGGGUUAAGGUUCUCGAGUUUAAUGGCAUUGUUGAAAAGCUCAGGAGGCCAUUGUGUUUGAUGAGGCCGUUGUGUUUUACUGAGGCUGGCGCGUUAAUUCUUUUGGAUUUCAUAACACGCGAUUUCCAUGUCUAUGAUACACAUCACAAUACUGUUAGGAAACUUGAGGUUGGUGGCGAUAAGUCCUUUGAUGAAGUGAUUCUGUAUUCUGAUACUCUAAUUUCACCCUCUGAUGAUCAUUGA